AUGGGCAAAAUGCUCCGUCGAUGUUCACUUUUGAACUUUUUCAUCUUUAUGGGUCUGUUUUGGCUCAUUUUACUUGCCUAUUUCUACACAUCAUCUAUGUCUGAUGAUAAACCAGAACCUGAUGAAAACUUAGACUUUCUGCAAUUAAAACAAGCAAAACUGCAGAUUGGGGAUGAGUAUGAAGACCCAAGACUCAAAUUAAUCGGCGAACUUGGUAAAAAUUCUACAAAAACCAAAAAACUCACCAAAAAAGACAGAAAACGAACAACACAAGACUUAUUUGUGUGGCCAGUGCUGUCAGAAGAAGUCAAGGAACUACACAGGAUCCUUAACCUCACAAAUCCUGGUCACAUGGGUCAACCAGUUAACCUCCCAGCUAACCUACCAGCUGACAUCGCCCAAAAAAUCAACAAAAGUUGGGAAAUUUAUUCAAUUAAUGAGUUCGUGUCAACUUUAAUUCCGCUGGAUCGUGACUUGCCUGAUAUUCGACCGGAAUAUUGCCGAACAGUCAGUUAUGUUGAUGAUUUGCCAAUGACUUCAGUCAUUAUGGUUUUUCACAAUGAGCCGUUGUCGAUGAUUUUGAGGUCUGUUUUUGCUGUUUUUAAGAGAACUUCUGCGAGAUUGUUGAAGGAAAUUGUGCUUGUUGAUGACUGUUCGACUCAUGCUAACCUCAAACAACCACUUGAGGACUUCAUCGCACCUUACAAAAAGAUUAAACUUGUCAGAAUUCCGCUCAGAGUUGGCUUGAUUCGCGCUAGAAUGUUUGGAUGUGUUAAUGCUGAGGGACCUGCUUUAGCUUUAUUAGAUGCGCAUAUUGAAGUUACUCCUGGAUGGCUUGAACCUUUACUAGAUCCACUUGUCAAAAACCCAUUGUCAUCAACUUUGCCUGUUGUGGAUGGGCUGGAUGCAAAUACAUUGGAGUAUAAAUUCAAUAAUAAUCCUGAGACUUAUAUGGUCGGUGGCUUCAAAUGGAACCUAAUCUACGAUUGGAUCCCGAUCAGAAAAGAAGAAAAGGAAAGAAUGAGUCACCCAUGUGCACCAAUCAGGACACCAACGAUGCUUGGAGCAUUUUUUGUCAUUAUGAAGGACAGCUUCUUAAGAGUUGGAAUGUAUGAUGAAGAAUUUCAGACUUGGGGUGCUGAAAACUUGGAAUUAAGCUUUAAGGUUUGGAUGUGCGGCGGUGAAAUCUAUCAAGUUCCAUGCAGUCAUGCAGCUCACAUGUUCAGGAAGAAGCAUCCAUACACAUUCCCCGGUGGCGGUACUGAAAUUCGUCGGAACACAGAUCGUCUAGCAGAAGUGUGGCUUGAUGAAUACAAAAGAUUUUACCAUCGUGCAACCAACUUCGAUAAUCGUGAUUUUGGGGAUGUAAGUAAGCAGAAGAAGAUCAAGGAGACACUUGGAUGUAAGAGCUUCAAAUGGUAUCUCGAAAAUGUCUAUCCGGAUGUGAGGUAUGAGGACAAUAUCACUGAUCCACCGCCAGCUAAAGAGAAUAAGAAUUGA